CCUCGCAUUCGAGCUCUCCUCUUUUUUUUGUUCCACAAAUCCAUUGUUUCGAUCCUCUCACCUCCAUUGCCGAUGCUCCAAUUUCUUUGUUCCAAUUCCCUUUAGCUGAUCGAUUCUACAUAGGAGAGGUAGUAGCGGAGGAGGAGGGGGAGGAAGAGGAGGAGCAAGCGCACGCUAAUCGUCGUCUUCGCUUUCUCUUCGCCAUUUUUCGAUCCGAAUCAGCUAGUGGCACAUCCGUAACGAGGUUUCAUUUAUACUGAAGUACUAUGCAAGGAGCGCGGGUUAGUCUAAAGGGAUGGCAACAAGCAGCGGUUGCUGUUGGCUCUGCCCUUGGGGCCCUAAUGGAUCCUAGAAGGGCUGAUUUAAUAGCUGCUCUUGGAGAGACUACUGGAAAGCCGGCAUUUCAGCGCGUUCUUGAGCGAAUGAAGAACAGCCCUGAAGGAAGAGAAGUUCUUCUCGAUCGUCCCCGUGUUAUAUCCAAAAACGUGUCUCAUGCGUGGGACCUACCUGAUGGCACAUUCGGUGCAGCUUAUGCCAAGUUCAUGGGAUCAAGAAAUUUCUCACCAGACGAUCGGCCCCCUGUGCGAUUCAUGGAGACAGAGGAACUUGCUUAUGUGGCAACCAGGGCCCGCGAGGUGCAUGAUUUCUGGCACGUGCUAUUCGGCCUCCCAACAAAUUUGAUAGGGGAGUCCGCCCUUAAGGUGAUCGAGUUCGAACAGAUGCUUCUUCCCAUGUGUCUAUUAUCGGUGGUCGGAGGUUCGGCGAGGUUUAGUGAGAAUCAAAGGGCUCUCUUCUUCCAGCAUUACUUUCCGUGGGCUCUAAAAGCUGGUUUUCAGUGUACAAAUCUCAUUUGUGUGUACUACGAGAAGCACUUUGGUGAAGAUUUAGAGUUAGUGCGGAAAAAGUGGGGAAUAAUCACUUGUCCUGAUGCAAAAAGGAGAAGCCUUCAGAUUGUGCCGGUGCCCUCAUGAGGUAAAUUGGGCUUCUGGAUUUGUAAAAUGUGGAAGCUCCAUUUCGAUGGCUUCGAUAGAAAGCUUUUGAAGGCUUAUUAGUGAAUAACAAGGAUUGGAAAUUCUUCUAGUAGUUGUACUGAAAUAGCACCAUAUAUGAUUUUUUUUUUAAAUUUUUUUUUUCUAACGCAUAAUUUGUGUGUAAGUAUAAAGAUAAACUGUGAAACAGUGAAAUGCGUUAAAAGAAUCUAUUCUUAAGGUUUAAAUAAAUUGGCAAAGGAGCAGGGUCAUUUUCAAA